GUCAGCUCGUGUCUCGACACGUCGGGGAGCGACAGCUCUUCUGGAUUUGGGGGCAGGCUACUCAUUUUCUCCUAUAAUUAUUCCAGCCCUCCUGCUCCAUAGCCCCCCGCCGGUUUUCCUCACAGAUGGUGUCUAACUUUCCUCCUCAGUGUUAUCUUUAGCCACCUCUCCCGUAACAAAUUUCUCACCUCCCACUGUCGCGCACUGUUUAUUCAACUGGGACACUUUUGACAAGCAAAAUGCAAAAGGGACCUUAGCCAUUAAUCAGAGAAAUGCCCACCUUCCCCCUUUCUGUCCUUGCCUAUAUAAACCCUGGAGAAACCCCCUGACAGCACAGAUUGCCUUCCUGAAUCCGACCUGAGCCGUCAGGAGUGAAGCCGAGUCGGACGAGCGACAGCAAUGGAAUCUUUCGUAGCCAAGCAGCCUGCCUCAGCAGCCGGAGCUCCCAACUACUUCCUGUGCAGCAUCCGUGCCAGCGAGCUUUCGACCAAGAGCAGUAAUUCAUCGCUGUGGAGACCUUGGACUGUGCGUGCAAAAGACGAGGAUAGACAGAUCAGAAGACAGUCGGCAUCUCCCUAUGCCAGACCACCAGGCCUUGAAUACAAUGUGUUAAAUGAAAAAAACCAUGCCAACUUUCAGCAUCCAGUGAGACUCUUUUGGCCUAAAUCUAAGUCAUACGACUACUUAUACAGUGAUGGCGAGAGACUGUUGAAGAAUUUCCCAGUCCAGGCUACCAUUAGCUUUUAUGUGGAGUCAGACAGUGAAGAUGAGGAGGAUGAUCAAGAAGAAGAGUGUGAUGAAUCAGAAAGCGACAGCUGCGAAGCACAGGAAGUUUCUUUAACACAGGGAAAAAUGAUCCCGCGGAACUUCAGCCAGUACAAUUGACUUCGAACUUGUUUCUUGUUAUAUACACCAAAAUUAAUUUAUACCUGCAUACAUUCUUCCUCCAAAAUUGACACUACAGUUGCUUUCUCAGAGAGUGUGUGGGUUUUAUUUUGUUUUCUAAUAAUAAUCCUAAAUUGUGAUAUCCUUCAGUUUUAAGUUCCAGUACUCGACAUUCUUUCAAUUAAUUUAUUUGUCUCACAUUGAGGCCUAAUGUGUAAAUACGUUCAGCUGCAUAUAUUAAGAUGAUAUUUUUGUACAUUAUGUAAAAAAAUGAAAGAUUUAGUUCUUAUGAAUAUUUAUUUAAAUAAAUAUUAUUGAAAAAGUGUGCCAUUUAUUCUAUUCAUCAUUCU